AUGUCUCCGCCAACUGCAUCCUCGGAACUCCUUCGCUACUUCAUCAGUGACCUCUUGUCCUUGAGAAAGACAGCACCGCUUGCUCAAGACGUGGUGGACAAGCUGAACGCACACCCUGAGCUUGCGUGCAUCGUCAGAUUGCCUGGUGAUCUCUCGAGACAUUCUAGAGGCUUCUCGGGCCAGUCAAUGGGACUGCUGGACAUCACGAACCGCCGCAAUCUUCGCCAGCUCUCGCUCGCGCGUACCUCUCAAUCCUCCGAGGCGCCAGACCAGAUUGUCAUGACAGAGGCCACCACACCUUUGCUUUCUCAGCCAGUUCAGUGGUCUUUACGUCCUCGUGAACGCUCCGACCGCUCUUCGCAACCUCACUCUGCGCCCACCGGAACCGCAGCACAACAAUCCGAGAACUUCCAACGUUUCUUCAGAGCAGUCCGGUCGCCAACACACGUUCGAGUCACGGCUGGUGGUAGAAUUGUCCCAAACACCCGUGCUCCCGCGCCUCCUCCUGCUUUCGAGUGGAACGGCGAGAAAAAUCAGUUCGAGUCGAAGAAUCCCCUAUCCGAGGUCGAAUCCACAAGUCAAUUUCCACCCACCUGGCUCAACCACGCUCCUCUUCCAUUAGGGUUUCCUCCUAUUCUCCCGGCUGGCUUUAUACCUCCUGGAAGCUUUCACCCGUCCGUCCCACCACGAGCUCUUACGGGGGCGCCAUCUCCUAUGUUCAACAGCUUCGGCGGCUACGAUCAGCACUCUGCAAACCAAAGCCAAACUGCGAAGACUGCAUCCGACCCAGCUUCUAGCGCCGAGAACACUUCAACCUUGCCGCAGCAGAUAAAGAUUUCGCAUCCAUCUCAGUUCGAUACCACCAUGCCUUUCAAGAUCAAUGGCAAAUACGUCUACCCGGUUCCGCCACCAUGCAAUCCACAACCGCUUUCGAUGACAAUGCUGGGGAAUCCCAAUUUCAUUCCACAAGCCGCUACUAGUCUUUUUGCACCGCCUUCCCCCUUUCCGAUGCCGAUGGCGAAUAUGCCCAAUCCUCUUCUGUUUCCCGGCCAGGCCCAUUCUAUGCCUAUCCCCACAACGUCCUCUGAGCAAAUGCCAAGUAUGUUCCCAUUUAUGCCGCCGCUGAUGUCAAUGCCAUUGCCGUCUGCAUCAGAUUGGAUCAAAGCCCAGAUCAACUCACUUCGGAGUCACAUCAGCAUGAUAGACAAUCAGGUAGCAAGUCAACAAUUCGACCCAAAUUUCUUACAACUACAGCGCUCUAUGCUGCUCGCUCAGAUUAAGCAUUUGGAGAGCCAGCUGGAGGCCCAGGUAGCUAUCGAACAAUCCGCGAAAGAAGUUGUUCAGCAAGAAAUCCAGUCUAACGCUACAAAACAUACAGCAACAUUUGAAGAGGACACAAGGUUUCCAGAAAUCCAUAAUCGACAAAACUCAGCAAAUCGCGUUUCUCAGCUGUCAAUUCGUGCUCCUUCCGACAGAGGAUUGGAUCAGACGAUUCAGAAAGACGUCGGCCAACAGAAUGACCCAGUCCCUCACAGAGCAUCUAUCACCAGAUCCGAUUCCACAAACAAGUCUAGACUGAGUGCUGCUGCAGCAAUGGCACCGCCAUUUCAGCCAAGAUCACAAUUCAAUACUGCCGCAACCUCCCAGUCGGAGCAAUCAAUGGCUGUUGUUCGCACCCUCCCUACUUCUCCUCUAGAGGAGAUGGCUCCAGAGACUGAGGCUCAAAUCGAAUCAAGACUCCUGUCGAAAGCAUCGACGAAUUGGGGUCAGACGAUCAAUAAUGCUGCGGUAGCUGUUGCUCCUCCUCCAAGUCUGCCAAAAGCUCAGAGCAUGACUGAGCCGACGCCAGCACAAUCGAAAGCAAGAUCCAUGUUGAGAUCAAGUACAUUUCAUGGACAGGCUGACUUGUCGGCAUCUCAGAACAAUUUGGUCAAUAUUCCCAGUCAUGCCGUACCGUAUCUUGUUGGUGUUCUGCCACAUGGUAUCUCCACUAUGGAAGCCAAAUAUACGGACUUGAUUUACCCUCGACCUUUGACUGAAGAAGAAAGGCGGGCACGGCACUUGUACUGGGGUGCAGCACCCACAUUUGCUCAGAAAGGACUUCCAAAGUUUGACGGGAAAGACUUUUACCCUCCAUCGCCAAUCAAGCAGAAUGCUCAGUUGGCUAUGUAUAGCUUACCUCCAAAUGAUCCUUCUCGCCAUGAUUCUCAAACCAAUGCACUUCCUGAUUUUGGUCAACUUUUCAACGAGCCUGGUGCUCUCGGCUACAAGACGCCAUCACCAAUGCGCGCCUCGUCGAGUCAUUCCAACUUGGUUUCGCUUCCUAUGCAGAGUGCAACGUCUAGUGGCGGAUUCAAUAUACAAGACUCGGCGAGAGCAUCUCAAUGGCCUGCACAGUAUGAAAAUUAUGACACGCAAGUGCCACGCCCGGUGACCCCGCAAGGAAGAACUGAAAUAUCGGCUGAAGAUGACUUUUCCAACUUGUUUCUUGAACGGGGAGUUCCAGGAUAUAAGUCCCCAGACCAGAGAAAUCCUUAUCAUGGCCAAGCUCAAUCAAACGGGAUCAGCCGACCGGUAGGAGAGAAACCACAGCGUCAAAACAUGGAUGACGUCGCACAGGUAGAGGACAGUGAUGAUGAAGAUGCAGGUAGUGUGGACUCUUGGGGAGCGCCAAAAGACCAUACGAAAUGGGACUUGAUUAAGAACGAUACUGCUGUUGCUGAAGAGGAGGUUACCGAAAAUGAUGGUUCUGAGGCCUCAUCAGUCGAGAUCAACUUGAAAGCGCAGCAUUAUGAAGAGUCACCAAAGACCAAUGUGGAUACCAGCUGGCAAGAACGAGUUGCUAACUUCAGCAAUGCCAAUGGACAACGAGAAUUCUUACAAAACAUGCUGAAGACCCCUGGGCAGGCAUCCAAGGCCAUGACUGGAUUUGCUGUUUCUGGUACGAUAUCGUCUGCUACGGCUGCGGGUUAUCUUCCUCAAUAUCGUGGCUCUGCCGUUGCUUCACUUGCGCCAACAAUCUCGAAUGUUGUAGCCCAACGUGAUGUAGAGGGACUUCAGAAUAAACCUCAGAUCUUAAGAGAACACUCGACUUCAUCUUCGUUCAGCACUGAAAACCGACCAUUUAAUCAAUCUGUGGCUCACGAUAAUCUCAACCAUAGUGCGGAGGGAUACCUCAGGUCCUUAGCACGAAAGGCUGACGAUGAUAAGAAAACUGCGGAGCAAGGCUGGAAUGCAAACUCCAGCGGAUUGGGAACCGGGAUGGCCUCGAACUGGUAG